AUGCAACCGCUCAAUCCAUACAUACGCGCCUUCUUUCGAAGCGCGCUGCCCGCGCAAUGUCAGCCCAUAAGCCACCACGUCCUGCUCGUCCCCACCACCGAAGUACUCCUCCGAUCCAAAGACCGCGAGACGAAUACCUCCUACGCCGAUCUAGCAGGCACUGAAGAGUUUCUGGCGAGCCAUGUCUUGCGAGUGCCAGGUGGAGGGCCGCCGCUGUCGGGGAGUGGGAAAGAUGCUGGGAAUGUUCGCGAGAAUAAGAGCAAGGCGAAGCAGUAUUCGACCAUCAAUGGGAAGACGGUGGUUGUGAAGGAUAGUUUCGUGUACAGCAACAAGGGUUUCAAGACUUUGAAUCAGGCGCAGCUGUUGAACGAUACGAUUUACUACCCGGAUGCGCCAGAUGGUCAGCAAUGGCUGGUGUACUACAUCUCGCGGCCGCUGAUAGGCAUACAUCAGCCGACGUCAAUUGUCUCUGCGAUCAUCAGUGACGAGCCGAGUAAAGAGCGUAGGAAGGCUUUGACGGAAGCGUCUGCGGAGGCUACAUCGAGUACAUCGGCAGGGCCUCCGACGCCUAAGAAGAAGGAAGUCAAGACGUUUGGGGAUCUUCUGACUCAGUUUCCGAUGAUAUCGCGACAGAUGCAGACUGGGCUGGAGAAGAUCAUUCGUGAGUUCGUGGCAGUGAACGACAAGCCUCUACCCAAGCCCAAGUCGAGAAGAUCUUCCGUUAGUUCACAACGUUCUGCGCCGUCCAUCAGCGAUUCAGUAUCCUCGAUCAAAUCUUCGCUAUCGGGGAGCAGCACCGUCCAUCCAACAUCCAUCGAACUAGAGACUGAAGAACAGACUUUGCGGACUUCACUGGAGACGGCUAUCAUCAACGCAAUCGAUCUGUUUCAGAAUGUCGACAAACAGCAGCUUUCGCUCUUGGGUGCGAAUACCGAGCUUACGGGACCGGUAGUUGAACGCUUGAUUGAACGCUAUGUGACUGAACAAGUUCACGACCAGACUUUGUUCCCUCGACUUUGCGCGAUCCGACGACCCGACGAUUCGGACUUGGAGUCGAAGAUCCGAAAGAUGGCUGAUGUUGACAUUGCACAGGUGGGCGUUCCUAUCGAGGAUGGCAUGAAAGGGAAGCGAGCAUUGGCUGCCAGGCUCAAUAAAGGCGUGGAAGCGUUCAAGAAGAUGGGCGUGGCGAGCAGUCCGGAGGAAAUGCUGGAUAUACUUCUCAAUACGCAGAAAGUCGUCACCGAGACCGAAACAACGGGACAGACGGGCGAACUGGAUGGCGACGAGACGAACGCCGAGCUUUCGACGCCUCUCACGGUCAACGCUGACAUUCUGGUUGCAAUGUUGCUUAUUGUUGUGAUUCGAAGCGGCGUGAGACACCUGAAUACCCGACUGCUGUAUAUGAGGUACUUCAUCUUCAUUGACGAGGUCGACAGUGGCGAACAGGGCUACGCUUUGGCAACUCUCGAAGCAGUGUUGGCGCACUUGUCGGGCAGUUCGACCACUCUCCGGAAGGCUAGCAAGAGGAACAGACUGCUGUGGCAAGCGGUCAGGACAGGAGAUAUGCAAGCGUUGGAGGCCAUUCUGCAGCCUCAAGUCCUGCCUGAUGAUGACAACACCGCUGCAUCUCCUCUCGAACUGGAAGAACCAGAAUCGUCAGAAGAGGGCGAUACCUCGGCGGAUCUCACACACGACGAGGAAGAGCAUGCUCAGCCAUCCCGCCACGACGGAGCAAGCUCGUCACAAGACUUUGCGGCUCUUAAUGGCUCGCUCCAUCAUGUCUUCCCUUUCCAACGACCACCCACACCGCCGCCCGAACAGAUCCAGGCCAAGAUGAAGAAGCGAGUGUCACUGGCCUCUCUGCCUCGAAGUCAAUCAGCCUCCUCGGCGUACUCCUCGAGGUCACAUUCGCGCAACAAGAGCAUCGAUUCGGAAAUGAGCACGGGCUUGGGGAACGAUUUGUCUGUUGAUAAACUUGCCCAAACGCAAGACGCUGACGGCAAUUCCGUUCUGAUGAUGGCGAUCGACUCGGGCAAGAAGGAUGCAUUGACGUUUCUUCUUAGUAUGCCUGCGCAUUUCCGAGCUUCCUUCAUCCUCGAAGACAUCAACAACGACGGAACCACACUACUCAGCGCCGCUGCUCAGUCUGGAAACCGGCUCAUCACGGACGAACUGAUCGAAUACUUAGAGAACAACGCAUCUCCCGAUGAGCUGGAGCACUAUUUCCGAGUGCAAGACAGCAAAGGCCGGUGUUUCGCGCACUACCUCUUCCACCAGCCGCAUCUCAUACAGAGAUUUGGCAAGAAGCUGCCCUGGCGACUAAAGGAUAAGAAUGGACAGACGCCGCUGUUUGCUUUGUGUCGAUCCUACGAUCAUGAGCAGUACCAUGCCAUGGUCGAAGAAGGUCUAGCACUGGCCACUGAGACGCAAGGAGAUGGAGAACCUUUGCAUCUCGAUGACCAUGUCGAUGCCAAGGGCAAUACGCUGUUGCAUGUCAUCAAUGAUAUGCAACUGACGCUGAAGAUGCUGAGGCAUUGUGAUUCGGACGUCAAUGCUGCUAAUGAUAAGCGAUUUACUCCGCUUAUGGUUGGUAGCAAGUAUGGCCGCAUCGAUCUUGUGAGGGCAUUGUUUGGCGAUCCGCGUGUCGAUAUGACGCUGAAAGACUUGAGAGGUCUGACUGCUGUUGAACUGGCCAAAGACGAUGAUGUUCGCAAUCGGAUUGAUGAUCUGGUGCUGCUUUCUACGGCCCCUGGCAAGGAUGGUCGUAUUACCACGAUCGUGCGAUCGUUCUUUGUGGAAGAUGCCACUGUACGACUGGUGCUCAAAUCUGGUGCUCCGAACGCAAAUGGGACUGUCACUGUGACGACUUGCAGACGAACGGUCGCAGACUUCGAGAAUCUAUCACAGUGGCUGGCAAUUGAAUGUCCAGCGAGCUGGCUACCCAGGCAUUUCGAUUUACCCUCCCCAUUCCUGGUACCCUCGAAACCUUCAAGAGCGAUUUUGCGGGACAUUCAGCUGAGGCUGGACAACUUCUUUCACAACCUCCUCUCCCACGGCACGUUCUUCAUGCACGAGCUCGUGUGGGAGUUCUUCCUCGUCCCAGAGCUCGACGCUGAGAUGCUGACGGAACGCAGCAAGCGCAAAGCAGAAGCCAGAAUCGAGAAUGUGAGAGACGACUACGAGCCCGUGACAGACACACAAGAGGUCGAGAACUUCGUGGCAUUCGCUAGGGAACAAGUCCGCGGCGUGACGCAGGCUGUCAAGAAGACCAUUCGAUCGACGAAUAAACACCGGAUGCUGUACAACGACUAUGCGGAGGCGCAGACGAUGUCGUCGAGUGCCAUGUCAUCGUUGCUGUUCCUGCCGCAGGAUUACCUCACCGCGUAUGAUCGCUUCACCAAGACGCUCACACCGACGGAGGCAUUUCCACUCGCUGGGUUAUACUACAACCUGCACUCGAUGUAUUCGACCAGCACAGCUGUCCAGGUAGCCACCGACCGACCCGCAUAUCUCAUUGGCAGCAUGGCGCAAGCUCAGCGCUCAAUCGACAAGAGCAAGAACUCUAUCUCGCGCUCGAACCGCUGGACACCCAACAUUGGCUUCUUCGAGGAUGCGAAGAAGGCAGUUGCGCUGGAUGCAUGGGACAAAGCGGCGAAAGCCCGUCGGGAGCUGGAGACGCUAGGGUGUGAGUUGAGGUAUACACAACAAACGAUCGCUGGGGAGCUGGCGACGUGGCAGGACGAGCAUGUCAAGAGCGGAAGGGCGAUGCUGCGUAGACUGGCGAAGGAAUCGAUUGUGAAGGAGAGGGCGAAGCUGGAAGGGAUGCGUAGGGCGUUGAGACAGGUCAAGACGCAUCGAUCGUGA